CUCGGCGGCAGAGGAGACUCGGGGGCCAUUUUGUGAAGAGACGAAGGCUGAGCGGUUGCGGCCGCCUUCCUGACCUCGAGCAGCGGUCGACUUCUUCAUAUAGAAUCUGGGAGUAGGAGAUUCAGAAUCGAAUCUCUUCUCCCUCCCCCUCCUGGUUACAAAUCACUUGAAAUAUUUAAGUUAGUGGAUCUUUGCUGAGUGAGAUUUUUUUGAUCUUCAGCUACAUUCUUCCGCCUUUGUGAGGAACCUUAUCAAACACGAUGGCUAGCAACGUUACCAACAAGACAGAUCCACGCUCCAUGAACUCCCGUGUAUUCAUUGGGAAUCUAAACACUCUGGUGGUCAAGAAGUCUGAUGUGGAAGCAAUCUUCUCCAAGUAUGGAAAAAUUGUGGGCUGCUCUGUCCAUAAGGGCUUUGCCUUCGUCCAGUAUGUUAAUGAGAGAAAUGCCCGGGCUGCUGUAGCAGGAGAGGAUGGCAGAAUGAUUGCUGGCCAGGUUUUAGAUAUUAAUCUGGCUGCAGAGCCAAAAGUGAACAGAGGAAAGGCAGGUGUGAAACGAUCUGCAGCGGAGAUGUACGGCUCCUCUUUUGACUUGGACUAUGAUUUUCAACGUGAUUAUUAUGACAGGAUGUAUAGUUACCCAGCACGAGUUCCUCCUCCUCCUCCUAUUGCUAGGGCUGUAGUGCCCUCUAAACGCCAGCGUGUUUCAGGAAACACCUCCCGAAGGGGCAAAAGUGGCUUCAAUUCUAAGAGUGGACAGCGAGGAUCUUCUUCCAAAUCUGGAAAGUUGAAAGGAGAUGACCUUCAGGCCAUUAAGAAGGAGCUGACCCAAAUAAAACAAAAAGUGGAUUCUCUUCUGGAAAGUCUGGAAAAAAUUGAAAAGGAGCAGAGCAAACAAGGGAAAUAA